AUGGACAAAAACGGCAGUAACGAAGCGGCGACAGCGGGUGCUGUCCCAAAAAUCGAUAAGAAGGAGGCACGGAAGCUGGCUCGAUUGGCGGAAGAGAAAGCCCGUGCUGAAGAAAAAGCGAUGAUGCUCGCUAAGUACGCGAAGGUAUUUGGGCAUGCACCGAUAGUGGAGUCAACUACCCACAACAGCAUCAAAUUCACGCCAAUCUCGAGCAUAUCCCAGCGGAUAGAAGGUCAGGAGGUAUGCAUCCGUGCGCGCGUCUCGACCACGCGCAAGACAGGUAAGAUGGUGUUUCUGCUGCUGCGGGAUGAGGGGCAGUCUAUUCAGGCCAUGGCCUCCGUAGGCGAGGGUAUCCCGAAGGAGAUGGUCGACUUCGCGGCUCAGAUCCCGUGCGAGUCGAUCGUGGAUGUCAAGGCGACCGUCCACCGCGUUGAUGCGCCGAUCACCGCCGCGACGGUGUCGAAUUCGGAGCUGAAGGUGUCGACGAUCCACGUCGUGUCGGAGUCCCUGCGGACGCUGCCCUUCACCCUGGAGGAUGCGAGCCGUGGGGAGGCCGAGGAUGGCCCGCAGGUGAACCUCGACACGCGGCUGAACUGCCGCUGGAUGGAUAUGCGGACCCCCGCCUCGGGGGCAAUCCUCCGUAUCCAGUCCCGUGUGUGCCAGUACUUCCGCCAAUUCCUGCUGGACAACGCAUUCUUUGAGAUCCACUCACCAAAGAUCAUCAGUUCCGCGAGUGAGGGGGGGGCCAACGUGUUUAAGGUGCAGUACUUCAACAGUGACGCCUUCCUUGCGCAGUCACCGCAGCUGUACAAGCAGAUGGCUCUGCAGGGCGAUCUACCCCGCGUGUUCGAAGUGGCCCCAGUGUUCCGUGCUGAGAACAGCAAUACGCACCGCCAUCUCACCGAGUUUGUUGGAUUGGAUGUGGAAAUGCGCAUUAACGAGCAUUACUACGAGGUCCUGGACCUCGCGGAGGGUCUAUUUGACUACAUGUUUGAGCACCUCGCGACACACGAGGAGGAGCUGAAUGCCAUCUGCAAACAGUACCCUUUUGAGCCGCUGGUGUGGAAGAUGAGCCCGGAGAAGAUAGUUGAACUUGGUGUUGGGGUUAUUUCAAAGAGCAUGGAGCCUACAGACUGCUAUGAAGCGCGUGUGAACAACCUCGAAAGUCGGAUGCUGCGUAUUAACUACUUGCACUGCAUCAGACUGCUCAACACGGUUCUGGAAGAGAAACUGGAGCCCACGGACGACAUUAACACGGCAAAUGAAAAGCUCCUCGGGAAACUCGUCAAGGAACGCUAUGGGGUGGAUUUCUUCAUCUCGGACCGCUUCCCCUCCUCAGCGCGACCCUUUUACACAAUGCCGUGCAAGGAUGACAUCCGUUUUACCAACUCCUACGACAUGUUCAUACGCGGCGAAGAAAUAUCUAGUGGUGCGCAGCGUAUUCACAUUCCAGAGAUGCUGUUGGAGCGCGCGGCGACGCUGAAGGUGGAUCUCAUGCCGUGCAAGGAUUACGUGGACAGCUUUCGACUGGGGGCAUGGCCUCACGGAGGCUUUGGCGUAGGCAUGGAACGCGUGGUGAUGCUCUACCUCGGGCUCAGCAACGUGCGCUUGGCGUCCAUGUUCCCACGCGACCCGAGACGGGUGACACCCUAA